AUGCGUUUCUUCAGCACCGUCUCUAUUGUCUGCACCGCGGCGCUCGCUGCUUUCUCCGUCGCAGUCCCUGUGGCUGAGGAGUCCAAGGUUGUUGCUCGGCAGUCGACCACGUCGAUCGCGGCUAUCUUCAGCACCGCGUUCACCGAGAUCGCGCCGCUCGCCCAGUCUCUACUCUACCUUAACUCCGACAACGCGACGCAGGCAACCAUCACGCCCAUCAUCUCGCAGAUCUCCGCGCCGCUCAACAACGCGCUGACCUCGGUCAACGGCCUCAAGAGCCAGGGUGUCUCCCAGAACGAGCUUCUCCUCUCCGAGGAUGGCUCCGAGAUCCUCUCUGUCGGCGCUCUCGCCGCGCUCAUCGCUGCCGACCUGAUCCUGCUCUUCAAGGCUAUCGGUGUUGUGCUCGCCAUCGUCGGUGCCGACCUGCUCGCCAUCCUGAUCCCGCUCCUGUACGCCGUCGGAAUCCUCGUCUACAAGAUCCUCUUCGUCGUCCUCGGCCUCGUCGCCGGCCUGCUCUUCGCCCUCACGCCCCUCCUCGGCAGCAUCGUUGGUGUCCUCGACACCCUCGGGUUGACCGUCCUCCUCCUCCUCCUGGCCCUCUAA